GCUUUCAUCCCGCGAACGAUCCCCCGAACGCCAGCUAAGAUGAAGUCCAACUUCAAGUUUAGCAACAUAUGCGGGACGGUGUACAGGCAGGGGAACAUCACCUUCACAGCGGAUGGGAACAGCCUGCUGAGUCCAGUGGGGAACCGCGUAUCUGUGUUCGAUCUUGUCAACAACAAGUCAUACACUUUCCCCUUCGAAAACCGCAAGAAUAUCGCUACGCUCGCUUUGAGCCCCGAUGGGAAUGUGCUCUUGAGCAUAGACGAUGACGGUCGCGCGCUACUCGUCAACUUCAAGCGAGGAGUUGUUCUUCACCACUUCAACUUUGGCAAGCCAGUCAACGAUGCGAAGUUCUCCCCAGACGGGAAGUUCAUUGCCGUCACUCAUGGCGCGCACAUUAAAGUCUGGCACACGCCCAACUAUCUCGCGCGCGAGUUUGCCCCCUUCAACCUCCAUCGCACCUAUACGGGUCAUCAUGACGACGUGCUGAGUAUUCAGUGGUCUCCCGACUCAAAAUGCUUCAUCACUACGUCGCGGGAUAUGACUGCCCGCCUAUUCACUUUGAAUCCUCUCGAGGGUUUCCGCCCCAAAACCUUCGCUGGUCAUCGGGACGCUGUCCUGGGCGCAUUUUUCUCAAAAGACGCAACGACGAUAUACACCGUCAGCCGCGACGGCGCCGUGUUCACCUGGAAAGAAAAGGGAUCAGAGGACGAUGACUCCGAUGCCGAACCACCCAUCGCUUCAACAUCUGCAGACCCCAACUAUGUCGCAAACACUCGCUGGGGCGUCCACGAGCGUCACUACUUCAAUCAGCCCGGAACGAAGGUCGUUUGUGUAUCCUUCCACCCGGUGACGAGCCUACUCAUCGUCGGCUUCUCGACCGGCGUCUUCGGCCUCUGGGAGAUGCCCGCCUUCACCAACAUUCAAACGCUCAGCGUGUCGCAGGAGAAGAUAUCCUCCGUCGCGAUCAAUGCGACGGGCGAGUGGCUGGCGUUCGGUGCAAAAAAGCUCGGGCAGCUGCUCGUGUGGGAGUGGCAGUCGGAGUCUUACGUCCUGAAGCAGCAGGGUCAUUACUACGACAUGAACACCCUUGCGUACGCACCUGACGGACAGACUGUGGCGACCGGUGGCGAUGACGGCAAGGUCAAGAUCUGGUCUACUCAUACCGGCUUUUGCUCCGUCACCUUCUCCGAGCACACCGCGCCUGUAUCCGCCGUCGCCUUCGCGAAACAGGGCUCAGUCCUCUUCACCGCCUCUCUCGAUGGUACUGUCCGCGCCUUCGAUCUCAUCCGCUACCGCAACUUCCGUACCUUCACCUCCCCUUCACCCGUGCAAUUCGCGAGCAUUGCUGUCGACCCGUCUGGCGAGGUCGUCGCCGCCGGUUCCUCGGACUCCUUUGAGGUCUUCAUGUGGUCCGUGCAGACUGGUCGCUUGUUGGACAUCCUGACGGGCCACGAGGCGCCUGUAUGUGCGCUGGACUUUGCACCGUCGGGCGUCAACCAGCUCGCCAGCGGCUCUUGGGAUCGCACCGUCCGCGUGUGGAAUGUCUUCGGCCGCUCGCAUGCCGUCGAGCCCAUCUCGCUCAGCUCGGACGUCCUCGCUGUUGCCUAUCGGCCCGACGGGCGCGAGCUCGCUGUCGCCACCCUCGACGGCCAAAUCACCCUCUUUGACGCAGACGGCAAGCAGACGAAUGCGAUUCAAGGGCGCACUGACAUCGCCGGUGGUCGGCGACAGGAUGACCGAAUCACUGCCGCGAACAACGCGUCCGGGAAGGCUUUCACCAGUCUCGCAUACACCGCCGAUGGCCGCUGCAUCCUCGCAGGUGGUAAUAGCAAGUACGUCGUGCUCUACGACGUACGCGAGGGCGGCGGCACCAUGGUCAAGAAGUUCCAGAUCUCGCAGAAUCUCUCGCUUGACGGCACGGAGGAGUUCCUCGACAACCGUCGCGUGAAUAGCGCGGGUAUUAACGUCGACACGAUCGACACCCGAGGCGACGAGAGCGAUUUGGAGGAUAGGAUGGACACGACGCUGCCGGGUGCGACGCGCGGGGCGGGCGAUAUGUCGAAGCGGAAGUACAAGCAGGAGGCGCGGACGAAGUGCGUGCGCUUCUCGCCUACGGGGCGCGCAUGGGCGGCGGCGUCGACGGAGGGUCUACUCAUCUACUCGCUCGACGAUACCGUGAUGUUCGACCCCUUCGAUCUCUCCAUCGAUCUCACGCCACAGGCCGUUGCGGAAGUGCUCGCCGACCAGGAGUACCUCAAGGCGCUCGUCAUGGCGUUCCGCUUGAACGAGAAGGCGAUCAUUCAGCGCGUCUACGAGGCCAUCCCGCGAGAGGACAUCCGCCUCAUCGCGCGGCAGAUUCCUGUGCUGUAUGUGCCGGCGCUGCUUCGCUUCAUCGGCGAGCACUUCGAGCGCAGUCCGCACCUGGAGUUUGACCUGUUAUGGACGAACGCGCUGCUCAUGACGCACGGGCGGUAUCUCAAAGACCACUCGAGCGAGUUCGCGAGCGUGUAUCGCACGGUGCAGAAGUCGCUGGCGGAUGUCGAGAGGACACUGUCGAAGAUGUGCGAGGAAAAUAUGUCUACCCUGUCGUUCUUGCACGACCAGGCCAUGGUCAGGGAAAGUGGAGGCGAUGUUGAGAUGGCGGCUGCAUAGUCUUGUACUUAAUCUAGCUUUGCAUUGCAGGUUCUUUCCCUACCGUUUUCCAUCGACCUCGACAAGUGUGUAUGGUGUCCUUUGAGAACAAUUUGCAAG